GAAAGAUGACGCUUGGCACGAGGUGACGAGGGAGCAACCACUUAUUACCAAAUGUUAUUCUUUCAUUCACCUUCUUUUAAAUUUCUCUUCUUCUGCUCCUAAAACCGAAAGCAAAACUAAAAAAGGUUGAAAUAAAAACAAAAAAGCUCUCUUCUUUAUUAGUUUUGAUUCUUCGUCUUCUUCCUCUUCUUUCUUUAUAAUUUUCUUCUCAGAGAAAGAGAAUUAAUAGAGAGAGAGAUCAUGGGAGAUGAAGAUGUUGAUGGGAAGUGUAAAAACAUGUCUGCAUGUUCCUCAACGACGUCGUAUUCAACUAAACUCUUUCUAUUCAUGGUUCCUCUUGUUGUCAUUUCUGGUUUCGUCUUUGUAAAUAUUGGUCCUAAAGAUUCAACUUCUUUAUUAACCUCUCUGUCCACUACUACUUCUCAUCUUCCUCCUCCGUUUCUGUCUACGGCUCCGGCACCGGCGCCAUCUCCUCUGCUACCGGAGAUACUUCCCUCGUUGCCAGCAUCAUCUUUAUCGACUAAAGUGGAAUCUAUUCAGGGUGAUUAUAAUCGCACAAUUCAACUGAAUAUGAUCAACGUUACUGCAACGAGUAAUAACGUCUCUUCUACGGCAUCAUUGGAACCAAAGAAAAGAAGAGUUCUUAGCAAUUUAGAGAAGAUAGAAUUCAAGCUACAAAAAGCUCGAGCCUCCAUUAAAGCCGCUUCGAUGGAUGAUCCCGUGGACGACCCGGACUAUGUUCCUCUUGGUCCUAUGUAUUGGAACGCUAAGGUCUUUCAUCGGAGUUACUUGGAGAUGGAGAAACAAUUCAAGAUAUAUGUAUACAAAGAAGGCGAGCCACCGUUGUUCCAUGACGGUCCAUGCAAAAGCAUCUACUCUAUGGAAGGAAGUUUCAUCUAUGAGAUAGAAACCGAUACACGUUUUCGGACCAAUAAUCCCGACAAGGCUCAUGUUUUUUAUCUACCAUUUAGUGUCGUCAAGAUGGUAAGAUACGUGUAUGAACGAAAUUCCCGCGAUUUCAGCCCCAUCCGAAAUACAGUCAAGGAUUACAUCAAUCUUGUGGGUGAUAAAUACCCAUAUUGGAACCGCAGCAUCGGAGCCGAUCAUUUCAUACUUUCUUGUCACGAUUGGGGUCCUGAGGCAAGCUUCUCUCAUCCACAUCUAGGACAUAAUUCGAUUAGAGCUUUGUGCAAUGCCAACACGUCAGAGAGAUUCAAACCAAGAAAAGAUGUGUCGAUACCGGAGAUCAAUCUAAGGACGGGAUCCUUAACUGGAUUGGUCGGUGGACCGUCACCUUCCAGCCGUCCCAUCCUCGCCUUCUUUGCAGGGGGUGUACACGGACCGGUAAGGCCAGUCUUGCUCCAGCAUUGGGAGAACAAAGAUAAUGACAUUAGAGUCCACAAGUAUCUCCCUAGAGGAACGUCUUAUUCUGACAUGAUGCGGAACAGCAAGUUCUGCAUUUGUCCUAGCGGUUAUGAGGUUGCGAGCCCGAGGAUCGUGGAGGCACUCUACUCGGGUUGCGUCCCGGUUUUGAUAAACUCAGGAUAUGUUCCUCCGUUCAGCGAUGUACUGAACUGGAGAUCGUUCUCGGUGAUCGUUUCAGUGGAAGACAUACCGAAUUUGAAAACGAUAUUGACAUCUAUAUCGCCGAGACAGUACUUAAGGAUGUACAGAAGAGUGUUGAAGGUAAGGAGACAUUUUGAGGUGAAUUCUCCGGCUAAGAGGUUUGAUGUGUUUCAUAUGAUUCUUCAUUCGAUUUGGGUGAGGAGAUUGAAUGUGAAGAUUCGUGAAGUCUAAGUUUUGUCAGAUUUUUUUUGUUUGUUUGGCGUGUGUAACGAAAAAUAAUUGAAAAGUCCCGGGAUUGUUUGUGUGUGUGUGUAAAAUUAUAAUUGGGCGUUUUUCUUCAUUAAUUUGUAAUAAACAAAUAAUAGUUAUAUUUGCAUAUUUUAAUAUGUUAACUU